AUGCCUGAAAACGAUCAAAAUCAUAAUCGAGAUAGAGACGAACGACAUUCUGAACGGAGUACGGUAAGUGCCAAUUAAUAAAUAUUUGUUAAUCGAAACAACUCUUGAGUAAACAUCACUGAAACAAAGUAAAUGUGAUGUCUGCAGGUUCGAGCACUUCCUGCACUUGCUAUUUCCGAACCAAAACCAACAGGAACUCCAAUCACAUUUCAAGAUGAUAUUAAAUCAAUUUAUGCACCGAAUUUAUCAGGUUUCGAAAUUUUUUGGAAUUAUUUGUUUUGCAAGUAAGACAAUUUCCAGAAUAUUAAAGAAAAAAAUUUAUUUUUUAGAUCUAAAAAGAAACAAGAAGAACCAGAAGACGUUGUAUCAUUAUUUGGACUUGUAAGUUUCAUUUUUGAAUCUAUUGAAAAAACACAAUAAAAAAUAAAUGAAAAUGACUUUAGUUUCGAUAUGCAAAACCAUGGGAUUAUUUUCUUCUGUUCAUUGGAAUUAUUUGCGCAGGAAUAUCAGGAACAUCUCAGCCUGUAUUAGCUGUUGUAGCGUGAGUGUAGCCGGAAAGUUUACGAGAAAAAUAUGAACAUUUCGUGUUUUUAGGGGUCGAACAACUAAUGUUUUAAUUGUAUAUUCUCCACGAACCAAAGAAUUUCGAGAUAAAGCGAAUGAAAACACAUAUAUAUUCUUGGGCAUUGGUAUAUUUAUUUUGAUCACAAAUUGGAUUCAAUAUAUGUGUUUCAAACAAGUUGCAAUGCGAAUUAUGGCUCAAAUUAGGCAUCGAUAUAUUUUUGCAAUUUUAAGACAAAACGCUGGAUGGUUUGAUAAAAAUCAUUCCGGAGAAAUUUCUACAAAACUUAACGAGUUAGUAAAAUAUACUUUUUUUGAUAGAUACAAUUUUCUUGUAUUUUUUUCAGCAGCAUGGAUAGAAUUUUUGAAGGUAUUGGAGACAAAUUUGGUCUAUUAAUCAGAGGAUGUUUUAUGUUAGCUGCUUCAAUUGUUGUUGCUUAUAUUUAUGAAUGGCGACUUGCUUCAAUGUUACUUGGUGUUGCACCUUGUUGCAUAUUUUCAAUGGUUUUUCUCUCGAUGAAAAUGAGAUCAACGACAAUUAAAGAAAUGGUUGGAGUUGCAAAAGCUGGAAGUAUUGCUGAAGAAUCAUUGAUGGGAGUUCGAACUGUUCAAGCAUUCAAUGGUCAAGAAGAAAUGGUGAAACGUUAUUCUGAUGAGCUGAAUAAAGGGAGAAAAAUCGCAAUCUGGAAAGGGUUUUGGAGUGGAUUAUUUGGAGGAAUUUUCUUCUUUUUCCUUUUUGCCUUUCAAGGAACAGGUUUCUUGUAUGGAGCAUAUCUAAUCAAAGUUGGAAUUAUAAAAUCUCCAGGAGAUUGUUUCACAGUUAUUAUGUCAAUGUUGAUGGGAUCAUAUUUUAUGGGUCUGAUUGCUCCCCAUGCUAUGAUUUUGUUGAAUGCAAGAGUUGCUGCUGCAUCGAUUUAUAAAACAAUUGACCGUGUUCCAAAAAUUGAUGUUUAUUCAAAGAAAGGAAGCAAGCCUGAUAACAUUGUUGGAAGAGUUACUUUUGAAAAUGUUCACUUCCGUUAUCCAACAAGACCAGAAGCUAAAAUUUUGAAUGGAUUGAACUUGACAGUUGAACCAGGAACAUCGGUUGCUCUGGUUGGACAUUCUGGAUGUGGUAAAUCAACAUCUGUUGGAUUAUUAACUCGAUUAUAUGAACCAGAAGGUGGAAAUGUUUCAAUUGAUGGAGUUGAUGUUAGAGAUAUUAAUUUGGAAUAUUUGAGGAACAUCAUUGGAAUUGUUCAACAAGAACCGAUUUUGUUCAACGAUACAAUUCAUAAUAAUUUGUUGAUUGGAAAUCCAAACGCAACACGAGAACAAAUGAUUGAAGUUUGUAAAAUGGCAAAUGCUCAUGAUUUUAUUAUAAAAACACCAAAGGGUUAUGAUACUUUGAUUGGUGAUGGAGGUGUUCAAUUAUCUGGUGGACAAAAACAAAGAGUUGCGAUUGCAAGAACUUUGAUUAGAAAUCCAAAAGUAUUACUACUUGAUGAAGCAACUUCAGCUUUAGAUGCUCAAUCAGAAAGUAUUGUUCAAUCUGCUUUGAAUAAUGCCGCAAAGGGAAGAACUACUAUUAUGAUUGCUCACAGAUUAUCAACUAUUCGAGAAGCUGAUAAAAUUGUUUAUUUUGAUAAAGGAGUUAUUGUGGAAAGUGGAACACAUCAAGAGUUAGUUCAACUUCAAGGAAAAUAUUUCGAUUUGGUAAAGGCUCAACAAUUCCAAGCAGAUCCAGAAGCAACUGAAGAAUUUGAAGAAGAAGAAAUUGAUUUGAAGUAGGUUUUUUUACCUGUUUUUUUUUUCAUAAGAUUAAUUUUUAGUGCUCCUACAAUUGCAAGUGGAAGAACUUCACGAUUCUCAUCUUUCACUGGAUCACAUGUUUCCGGAUCUGAAGCUUUCAAACGGGGUUCUAUGCGAUCUUCUAGACAAGACGCUGAAAAUGAUGUGUUUGCUGAAGAAGUAAGAAAAGUUAUGGAAAAAGAUGGACAAAUUACAGCAACUGUUGCAGAUGUAUUCAAACAUGCUCAAGGUAUGUAUAUACAUCACAAUAAACAUUGUAUUGAACGUUUCAGGAAACUAUAUUUAUUUGUUCCUCGGAGUUGUAUGUGGUUUGAUUCGUGGAUUGGAAUUGACAGCAUUCGCACUUUUGUUUGCUUGGGUAUUCGAAGGCUUUCAAUUCAUUCGAACUGGUGAUUAUGGUGCAAUGAUGCAUAGAAUGGCAAUAGCUGUUAUCCCAUACAGUCUCACUGGUCUUGGAUGUUUGAUUUUCCAAUUUUUGAGUGUAAGAAAAAUUGAAAUCUUCCAUAGAGUUCAAUGAGAAAAACAAAAAAUUUUACAGUCUAUAUUCUUUGCAAUUGUCUCCGAAAAUUUAUCAUUACGAUUCCGUGUUCAGUCAUUCAGAAGUUUAUUAUAUCAAGAUGCUUCAUUCUUCGAUAAUCCAGCUCACGCUCCAGGAAAACUGAUCACAAGAUUAGCAACUGAUGCACCGAAUGUCAAAGCGGUAUACAUUUUCAUUGAAAAAAUAGACUUUUAAUGACUAAAUUUUAGAUUGUUGAUACUCGAAUGUUACAUGUUCUUUUUGGAGUAUCAGCUAUUAUCGGAAAUAUUGUUGUUGCAUUUGUUUAUUGUUGGUAUCUUGGAAUUCUCGGAACUGCUCUAAUCGUAUUUUUGGCGGUUGUGAUGAUUGGUUUGGCUUAUAAAAUCACACUUUUGAAUAUGGAACAAGUGAAAAACGAUGAAGCUGGAAGAAUUGCUAUUGAAAUUAUCGAAAAUGUAAAAACAAUUCAAUUAUUGACAAGAACACAAACAUUCUACGAACAUUACGAACAAUCAUCCAAAAAACAAAAGAAAUCUGAGUUUAGAAAGGCUUUGUACGAAGCUUUCAAUUAUACAUUCACUCAGUCAUUCAUGUAUUUCAUGAUGUGUUUUGUUUUCUCAACUGGUAUUCGAAUUAUAUAUCAAGGAAACAAAUCCCCACAAGAUACUUUCCAGUUGGUUUUUUGUUUAAAUAAAAAUAAAGUGAAAACCAAGUUUGCAUUUUCAGAGGAAUUAUUGCUAUGCUUCUCGCUGCUAUGGCUGUCAUGAACUCUGCACAAUUUUUCCCAGAAUUUGUUCGAGCAAAUAGUUCAGCUGGUUUGAUGUUCAAUAUCAUCUACAGAAAACCGAAAACUGGUGAUGUUAUGGAAGGAACAAAACCCGAAGUUAGAGGAAAUAUACUUUUUGAAGAUGUGAAAUUCUCAUAUCCACAAAGACCACUUCAACCAAUUAUGAAAGGUUUACAAUUCACUGCUUUACGUGGUCAAACAGUUGCAUUGGUUGGUCCAUCUGGUUCAGGUAAAAGUACUUGUAUUGGAAUGUUGGAAAGAUUUUAUGAUGUUACUGGUGGAAUACUUCGAAUUGAUGGUGCUGAUAUUCGAAGUUUAUCCUUACAUCAUCUUCGAACACAAAUGGCACUUGUUGGACAAGAACCGAGAUUAUUUGCUGGUACUAUUAGAGAAAAUGUUUGUCUUGGUUUGGAAAAUGUGCCACUUGAAAAGAUCAAUCAAGCUUUGGAACUUGCAAAUGCUAAUAGAUUCUUGGCAAAUCUUCCAGAAGGAAUUGAUACAGAUGUUGGAGAAAAAGGUUCGAAAUUAUCUGGCGGACAAAAACAAAGAAUUGCUAUUGCUCGUGCCCUGGUUCGAGAUCCUAAAAUUCUUCUGCUUGAUGAAGCAACAUCUGCUCUUGAUUCCGAGUCUGAAAAGGUACUAUUUCUGGAACAUUGAUCAUAAAUAAACUCUAAAAUUCUAGGCUGUUCAAUUAGCUCUCGAUCGUGCUCGUGAAGGACGUACCUGUGUUACAAUUGCUCAUCGUUUGUCAUCAAUCCAAAAUUCUGACCUCAUUGUAUAUAUUGAAAAUGGAAAAGUUCAAGAAGCUGGAAAUCACAAACAACUCAUGCAAAAGAAAGGAAAAUACCAUAAUUUGAUUCAAAAACAAGAUCUUGCCGUAUAA